AUGGAGCGCUCGCCCAGCAGUUCAGACACGAUUGGAUCCUUGCGCGCCGGGGCAGGCCCCACGUCCCGGUUGUCCAGGGCGCGCUUGGCGGUCGCUCGGAGGAGGACUACGCGAAGUGGGUGCUCCUGCUCUUCUGCCCUUGGACGAGCCACCCCGACGACGCCUCGGCCGCCGCGCCCUUCCUCGCCGACCUCUGCAAGUUCGGCAAGUCAGACUGGCGCCGCGCCCUCCGACGGCGGCUGA